UUGCCAGUCGUUCGAACGAUAAGACACAAACCUGGUCUAAUAAACAGAAAAUAUUUUUCUUGCUCGCAAUUAAAUUGCAAAUUAUAUUGGACCCAACACACAAUGCGUGACAAAGUAAUUGUUUUGCUACUAGCACUUCAAGUGUACAAUUGCAUCGCAUGGCCCUAUGGUGAACGAAAAAUUCGUGGCGUCAAUGCUGGCUCUUGGCUAGUUUUGGAAAGAUGGAUGAAUCCAUCUGACACUGGAGUUUUUGCUGAUAUUCCAGAAUCAAUUGAAGACGAAUAUUCAUUGUGUGAAUAUCUCGGAUACGCUGCAGCCGAGCAAAGGUUGAAAACUCAUUGGGCCACAUGGAUCACUGAGGCCCAUUUUGAGUUUUGGGCGAGUACCGGACUUAAUCAUGUCAGAGUGCCGAUUGGUUACUGGGCUUUGGACAUACAAUCGCCGGAACCGUGGGUAAAUGGUAGUUGGGAAUAUGUUGUAAAGGCAGCUGAAUGGUCGAAAAAGCAUGGAUUGCAGCUGGCGAUUGAUCUUCACGCUGCUCCUGGAUCACAGAAUGGAUGGGAUCACAGCGGACGUUCGGGAGACAUUGGCUUUUUCACAGAUGAAAAUAUUCAACGAGCGGUAAAUGUUAUUGGUCGCAUUGCAGAAUGGUCUAGCUCAGCAGAAUGGAAAGAUACCGUCACUAUUAUCCAACUGAUAAACGAACCGAACCUUUGGGACGCGUACGAUUACAGACUGGGAAAGCUAAAGGAUUAUUAUGGAUUAGCGUAUCACGAGGUGAGAAAAUACAACCCUGACGUUGUAGUCGCUGUGGCGGAUGCUUUCAUCGGCGCCGAAAAUUGGUACUACUUCAGCGAUCUUCCGGAAUAUCAUUCAGUCAUGCUGGACAUUCACAUGUAUCAAGUAUUCGGUGAUGAGUGGCGUAAUAUGACAUGCACAGAACACCGUGACUAUCCGUGCACCUAUCACGAGCGAUUAACUGCUGCAAACAGCAAACUGUGGACAGUGGUCGGUGAGUGGUCGAUUGCAACACCUGGUGAAUUCAAUUGCGACGGGCAGGCGGAAUUCGCUCGCCAACAAAUCGGUGCGUUUGAACAGGCAGAAGGAUGGUUUAUGUGGGCUCAUUACAACGGACAAAACAUGAGGGAAUGGAGUUUUCAGCAUUCGUAUGCAAAUAAAUGGAUCGAUCCAGCCGGUGACAAUAGUCCACAGUGUUCACCUAGUUCGUCUGCUGCACGGACAGUCUAUUCAUUUUCUGUUGCAUUCAUGGCAUUGUUGUUACCAUUUAUGCUGACGAUGGCAUAACAUUUAUAAUGUGGUUGGUUGUGAUGAAGUGGUUUCUUUUUUGCUGUACUGUUUGUGGAGUGCAGUGUUUCGGAAAAAAAUGUAAUUAAACAUUGUUCUUGGAAUUAAAAUUUGUAAUUGGAGAUUAGAUAUACGUUCAGUUCAGAGAUUAGAGAAUACGAGCAAGUUUGUUCUGUGAUGAUAAAGUUGCUGAAAUUAUAAAGAAGCGAACGUUGGUAUCAUAACAAAGUUUUUAUAUCGAUUCACUCGUAUAAUACUUCACAGGGCAUUAGGAUCGUCAGAGAGCAGACGGAGCAAAUGUUUGAAUCGUUCUGAACAGCAUUAAAUGCUUUGGAAGAGUACACAACCAUGUAAAUUUGAACUUAAUAUGUGCGGCUAGUUCGUAGACUGUUUGUCACGUACAUAAGAGGCGAUAAACCACUUCAUGUAGAAGCAGAUAAACAAGAAAUAUCAAAGGUUAUGCAACUCAUCCUGGUAGGUGUAGGAGAUACAAAUUUAGAUUAAUUUGAGAUCAUAAAACAUUCUAAAGCAAGGCUUAGAC